AACAGAGCAGGCGACAAACGAGAAACCUCAAGGACACGGCUGACAAGUGGCAAGUGUUUUGUAAUCUUUCCAGUGAAAUUCAGUGUCAGUGGUGGAAAAAUUGAUCGUAGAUUGAAAAUUCUUCAUAGUCUCAGUGCAAACGACGAACCCACACAAUGACGGGACGGAACCGCAACCCGGUGACCAAGCUGGAGACGACGAUCGAGCAGUGCCGCGGGGAGGCCAAAUGGCCGAAGGUGAUCGAGCUGGCGGACGAGCUCAAGUCGGGCUACCCGCAAGUUGAGAGUCUGGCCAACUUCCUGAUGGGGGAGGGCAAGCUGGAGAGCUACCUGGAGGAGCACCCGCCCAUCGAGGACAACUUCCACAAGGCGAAGCUGGGCCUGACGGACGCGAAGCGCUAUCUGAACUCGGUCAUCGGGGAAAGUGGCAAGAAGGCGGGCAUUGCGCUGGACGCGCACCUGCUGCUGGCGAAGCUGUUCUACGCGUGCGGCCAGUACGACGAGUCGCUGCAGAGCUUCGUGCUGGCGGAGCUGAACACGCUGUCGGAGAAGCACCUGUCGCCGAGAAGCAUCCGGAUUCUGGCCGAGUCGUACGCAAUCAAGGGCAUGUGUCUGGAGAAGAAGAACGCCAAGGCGCCGUCCAAGUUCAAGCAAGCCGAGCAGGAAACGGAAAUGAUUACGUGCUUUGAGCGGGCGGCGGAUUUGGGAAUUCUGUAUCUGCAGGGUCAGGACAGCAACAACCAGAACGAGGUUCGUCGCAUGGGAGCGGUUUUGGAGACGGGUCUGCAGCGUGCUCCGAUCGUGCUGAUCAAAACGGGAAAGUUGCAGAACGCCAUCGACCGGUACCGGGUCAUGCUGAACGCGGUGGAGACGAAAGCAACGCAGACGUUGCGACAAACGUUGGCGCGUCAGCUGGCGGAAGUGUUGCUGCGGGGGGUCUCCGGAACGAUCUACACGCCGCCGUCGAACCUGAACACCAAACCGGCGUCCGGGGGAAAGCGGCUGUGGGAGCCGAGGAAGUACGCCGCCCGGCAGCAGUUCAUCCCGAGAAAUCAGCACGAAGAAACGAUUCUGCUACUGUUGAUAGCGGAAGCACUUGCGGUUAGGGAUGCGGUUCUUUCGCAGAGUCCGGAGUUCCGGGAGGCGAGAAUGCACUCGCUGGGUAACGCGACGGCCGUGUACGACCUGCUGACGCUGGCUACGGUCCGCUGGAACCAGGUUGGACUGCUGCACGAUUCGCUGGAGAAGGCGCUGAAGUUUGCGUUCGGGGAAGGUCACGUCUGGAAGCAGUACGCGACGUGCUUGAUGUCCAUGGGUCGCUACCGGCAUGCGGUUUGUGCCCUCAAGGAACAUUCCAAGCUGGAACCGCAGGACAGUUUGAGCUGUCUGAUGGCGGCCCGGCUGUGCUACGAGCAUUUGGAUCAAAUCAAAGAAGGACUGGCCUUCGCUGAAGAAGCAUUCAGUCGAGAGUCCAAAGGUCUGCGACGUUCGCGAGCCCAGCUGUACGUUGGGAUAGGUCUGCAGCAGGUCGCCGUAUCUUCCAAUCUAGUCUCCGAGAAAGAUCGCUACAACAAACUGGCAUUGGAAGCUCUGGAGCGCGCCGUCCAGCAGGACCCGAACGAUCACCUGUCCGAGUACUACCUAGCGUGCCAACACGCCUUCAACUACAACAUCUCGGACGCCCUGAUCCACAUCACCAGCGCGCUAUCGCUCCGCGCGGAACACCCGGCCAGUCUGCACCUCUUUGCCCUACUCCUAACCGCGAACCGACGCCCCAAGGAAGCCCUAGCCGUCGUCCAGGACGCCACCGAGGAGUUCCCCGACAAUCUGAACCUUCUCCACGUGAAAGCCCACCUCGAACUCUUCCUCAAAGACGUCGAAACGGCGCUGGAAACGGUCCAGCAGAUGCUCUCGAUCUGGCGCGAAGUGUACGAGGUGCAGCUGGCCAACGCCGGCAGCGGAAUGGAGCACGACCACGAGAAGCACUCGGACACGCGCAGCGUGCUGCAGAUGCAGUCCUCGCAGAUGUCCGACAAGGAUUCCAACUCGAUCCACGCGGCCUCGCUGGCCGCGUCCCGCAUCGAGCACGCCCUCAGCGAAGCGGCCAGCUCGCUGAGCUCGUUCAGUCCGCGGCCGGGCCCGCAGAAGGCCUGGAUGAUCCAGUUCAAGAUCUGGCUGCUGCUGGCCGACGUGUACAUCGCGAUCGAGCAGCCUAACGAGGCCAUCAACUGCAUCCAGGAGGCGAGCCUGAUCAACCCGGUGUCGCACCAGGUCAUGUACAAGCGCGGUCAGAUCCACAUCUACCAGCAGCAGUGGGCGGACGCGAAGCAGUGCUUCCUGAACGCCGUCUCCGCCAACCCGUACCACACGGAGGCGCUGCGGGCCUUGGGCGAGGCCCACCUGACGCUGGGGGAACCGCGGCUCGCGGAGAAGACCCUAAAGGACGCGGCCCGCAUCGAUCCCAACUGUCCGAAGAUUUGGUUCCUGCUGGGACGCGUUAUGGAGAGCCUGGGGGAUUACGCCGCGUCGGCGGACUGCAUGGCCACGGCGCUGCAGCUCGAGCCGUCCUGUCCGGUGCUGCCGUUCACCUCGAUCGGGUUGGUUUUCGAGUAAAUGGGGAUCAUUAGCAAUUACCGUUACUUUAUUAGCUGAGGGAAGGGCGAAACCGUUGACUAUUUUUAGCGAUUCCAGGUGUAAUGUGUGUAGUACGUAUAUCUAGCAUAAUUAUAGAGUUCACUCAAAAGCCAUUCGAAAUGGUGCACGUAAUUGUAGUGUAAAUUAGAAACAUUUAAUCGGGUUUUCUUCGGUGUUAGACUUCACAAUGGUGUGGUUUGAACGUAUUUCGGAGCAAAGUUAUACAUCAUAAUCACUAUAAAUCAAAUUAUUGUAGCUUGUUAGAAGAUUCAUGACUUCACGAUAGAUCAUUCGCACUCACUAUUUAUCCUUCUGUGAUUUUCGGUUUACUAAUACAUUCAUAAUUAUCAAACAGUAUAACCUACAGUUAUUGUGUGUGCAUUUAUCUUCAAGAUUCGUCAAUAAAUGGAGAAAAGUGGAA